UCCCGCGGAAUUGUGCAGGGAAAUUAAGAGAUAUAUCUUAAAUCUAAAUAUAAAUCAUUUUUCUGGAGGUAUAUUUUAAGACUAUAUUUUUUAUCAACAGUGGCGACAUUUCUCUUCCUAAAAAAGAAUAUAGAAUGGGGUAUUAGUUCAUGUUAAGGGGAUCUUAGAUUGAAAUGAAUUCGCGGAAGUGGAGACAGGUGAUGUCGAGUGAUUUUCUUUUCAGGUGGUGGUCUCGAUUGCAGUGCUGUUCAUGUCGAUUUCGAGGGGGUCUGGAAAGCCUACCGAGGUCUAUCUGGGUUAUCAGGACAGCCUCGGCCAGUACAGUUUUGGAUACAGUACGCCCUUAUCAGCGCGCUCCGAAAUCCGAACAGCUGACGGAGCCACCAGGGGGUACUACAGCUACGUAGAUGCAGACGGGCGCAUCCAGAGUGCAGAAUACACGGCGGAUGCAAAUUAUGGGUUUAGAAUCGCCGCCACAAAUCUUCCUCAAGCUCCACUUCCGGUCGAGGAGACGGCGGAAGUUGCGGCCGCUCGCGCUGCUCACCUGAGGGCGGUCGAAAUGGCGGAAAAGAGGGCGGCUCAGGAGGCACAGAUGCAACCAGGGUCUGUGAAGGAUGAAGAAAUCCAGGCCGAGGCCGGCAUCAGGAACGAAGAGGAAGAACUGCGGCCUUUCGGCGCCCUCGCGCUUUCUCAGCCCGGUAAAGUUCCGCCAUUUUGGUGA